UCGUUGCCCUUUUCUUUCUGUUUUCCUGUUAUAGGUAUUUUUUUUUUACUUUUAUAUGACAGUAUUUUUUGAAUAUUUUCUAUCUUUAAUAUCUGAACAAUUGAAAACGAGCCGUUAACUAACGUCCGCGUCUGCCAUAUUGAAAUCGCUUAGAUUAUUUUCCGCCAUAUUGGUUUUACACAAUUGUUUUAUAUUUACAGUUUUUCAACUAUUUCUAGUUACAGUAGACGCUUGAUAAUGUGAACCGAAAGAGUUGUUCACAAUAUCGAUUUGUUCACGUUAACGAAUAUUAUAAUUGGAAUACAUUUUGGUUUGUUUUUGGGGUCUUUUUAAUAGUUUAUAAGCAUCAGUUCAGUGGGGUCGACGUCACUCUCUUCUGCCCUUUGGGUUAAUAUAUGUAAAGAGCAUCUGUAGUAAAGUACCCAAUAUAUUAGGGGAUUUACAGCAAUAUGGCGCAAUAGCAACGGUGAAAUAUCGAUUUUUAAGGUCAAUGGUCAUUCGCUUCUAUAUACAUAUAAACGAAGAUUAUGUAGUUUGUUCAUGAUAUACGGUAGUUUAGCAGUUCACAUUAUGCGAUGUUUACACUAUCGAGUGUCUGUUGUGUUAUACAAUAAGCAUUCCUUAUUUAAUUUGUUGAGAUUAUUAAUAUUUAAAAAAUAAAUUUUGUUACGUAAAAUACUUUAAAAUUGGUUUUUAUUAUUAAUUGAAGAAAUAUGUCUUUUUCGAAUGUUUAAACAAUUUGGUACUGACCUAUGUCGGUGCAUAUCGCGAUCUUAGUGCGCAGGGGUGGCACGGCAGUAUGACGUCAGAAAUAUCAAUACGGAUAUUUCAACCACACAUUUUAUCAAGUGUUCGCCUACAUUUUAAUUUUUAUUACAGUGAAAUAGCAUGUCAACAGGGGACAACUUAGGGGCAGCCACUGCCGGUGGGGAAGAUGGGAUUGUUGGGGGUCCUCGUACACCCCAGCAAAUCGCUGCCCAAAAGAGAUUACAACAAACACAGGCGCAAGUCGAUGAAGUAGUGGAUAUUAUGAAAACAAACGUAGAAAAAGUUUUAGAAAGGGACUCGAAACUUUCGGAACUCGAUGAUCGAGCAGACGCUCUCCAGCAAGGCGCAUCACAAUUUGAACAGCAGGCGGGAAAGUUGAAGAGAAAGUUUUGGCUACAGAAUUUAAAGAUGAUGAUCAUCAUGGGGGUAAUUGGACUGGUAAUUCUAAUAAUUAUUGUUAUGAAAUUCAUGCCUGACAACCCUCCCCCUCAAGCCCCCGUGAUGCCAGUGAGUAAUGUGGUGGCAGCUCCACCGGGACAAGGCGCCGUUUCCCAGGGUGGAGCCGCACUUCCUCCUGGAUCGUCUGCACCCCAAACACCGCCGGCAGCUAAAAGAUUUAUUUAAAUUUUGUAUUAUUAUGACGUGUACUAGUCCAAUAAUGUCAUUAUUAACGAAGCUACGGCAUGGCAAAAUCGAUUUUUUUCAUGUUUCUAACAACAAAGUGGUGCUAACUUUAGCCCUAGAUUAAAGUAGGGCAAAAUAUAGGGCUAGAAUUGCUGUAGUGUGUGUAUGUAAUAGGUGGAUUAGGGUUGAAAAAUUGGGGCUAAACGUAGUACCUACAAUGUACGUUCUUAAAUUCGUUAGUAUAUCAUGUGUAAAAAACGAAACUGCAUUUUCCGGGUCUAUAUUAUAAUAUACAAAUACUCGCCUUAGUCUUUCUUAUAGGCAUUACUGCUUAUAUGACUUUCUUUUUGGCCCAGUGGUCAAUGUUAACUAAAUAUGGUUUGCUAAUUAAUCCUAUCAUCAGAAGGUUGUAUAAUAUGUAGGUAUUAGUUGAAGUGCGUGAUCUUUCAAAAUAAAGGUCGUACUACUGCUUAGGGUGGAUAUUAUACUGUAUAUGAUCGUUUGCUUUUGGAUACUUUACUUAUUAUAGUUGUAAAUAAUAAAAACCUACUGUUAAUUUUCGGUAGAGAAAUAGGACAGGUGAGAAACGUUACCUUAAUUAUUUUAAUAAAAAAUAAAAUAAUAACACCACGGAGUGGAGGUUAUAAACCAAAUUCUCCGCAUUUAUGUAAAAAAAUGAACGAUUUAUUACACCUAAUGAACCUUUAAAAUAUACUGUGUAAUAAUGUUGUAGUUAGUUUAUUAUUAAUAUGAUAUAUUAAUGUAAAAUCAAACUAAUCACUGGUUUAAAUACGAAUUUUUUUAGAUGUGGCAAGUAUACAGUACAUAUAAAUAAUCGUACGAGCCUCUAUUUAGAAUUUUGUAUUAAUUUUUCUGGUACUGUAGGUAUGUACUUCAUUUUGUCCUUUUACAGAUUUCGUAAAGGGUAGAAUGGAUUUAAUAAUCUACUUUUCGAAAUCCACUGUAUAAAGAAUGUACCAUUUAUUUGAGAAAUAAACUUUAGA